ACUCUGGGCCGGGAGGACUCUGACCAUAGAGUUCCCGCCUAGCGCUGCCGUCCCUGAGGCCCGUCCCCGCCCCCGCUCUAUGGUCCCCGCGCCGCUGUCAUGGCGGCCCCGCUGCGGCUCCGCUCCACGCUGGCCCUGGUGACAGGCGGGGGCAGCGGGAUUGGCCGCGCUGUCUGUGCCCGGCUGGCCGAGGAGGGGGCGCAGGUGGCCGUGGCUGACCAGAAUGAAGCGGGGGCUGCGGAGACAGUACGGGGGCUGCCACGUGGGGAGUCCGGCCAGGAGCACGAGGCGUUUGGGGUGGACGUCAGCUCAGCCCAGAGCGUGGGGGAGCUCAUGGCUCGGAUCCAGGCCCGGUUCUCCGCCCCGCCCCAGGUCUGCGUGAGCUGCGCCGGGAUCACCAUGGACGAGUUCCUGCUCAAGCAGACAGAGGCUGCGUUCGACAAGGUGCUUCAAGUCAACCUCAAGGGAACCUUCCUGGUCACCCAGGCUGUGGCGCGGGGGCUGGUGGAGAGCGGAGCCCCAGGGGGGUCCAUCAUCAACAUGGGUAGCAUCGUGGGCAAGGUGGGGAACCUGGGGCAGGUGAGCUAUGCAGCGUCCAAGGCUGGUGUGGAGGGGCUGACCAAGACCGCUGCCAAAGAGCUGGCCAGGUUUGGGAUCCGUUGUAACGUGGUGCUUCCCGGGUUCAUCGCCACCCCCAUGACGGACAAGGUGCCUCCCAAAGUGCUGCAGAAGUUUGCAGGGAUGGUGCCAUUGGGACGACUCGGGGACCCCAAAGAGGUUGCUGACGUCUGCGUCUUCCUGGCCUCAGAGGAGAGUCGCUACAUAACAGGGGCCAGUGUGGAGGUGACAGGGGGUCUCUUUCUCUGAUGGAUCUGCCCCCGGCCUCUGGACACACGCCCACCGCUGGGGGAAGCAGCGGUUGCCAAGUGCCUCUGUGAGCUGCCCCCGGGAAGCCCCCGGCCCUGCAGGAUCUGGGGAGCGGAGCUGAGCUGGAGGGGUCCGGGCAGCGUAUUAAAAUAAAACACUGAUUGUACCAGGCUGA